AUUGGACUCCUGUUGGGAACAUUGAUGUGUUAGGCCCAGGUUGGGACUUGCUCUGUUCCUCCCUAGUCUCCCCUACAUGUAGUCAGACCAUAACGGAAGGAGUCGUUCCUUCCAUAUUAUGGCUCCUUCUAUUCAGAUAUUAUUUUCAUGGUACGUUGAUGUCUAGGAGUCACUGGGAGGAGCCAAUGGAGUGCAAAGCCUCGCGGUUCCGCCGAGCGGGACACUUCCGGCUAUAUUGCGAUGCGUUCGCUUCAUAGUCACACCACGAGGCCUGGCAGCAUCUCACCACCACAGAUUUUAACUGUAGAGUCAGGGGCUGUUUAUCAUGCUCUCCCACCAGCCCCAGUCGACGACGAUCGUGACAGCGAACUUGAAUUCGAUGUCGAUGAUUUUGGAAUCGACAUGUCUACCACCGUUCAGACUGUCGACAGUCGAAUACGGUGGAUUUACUUUAUGCUUGGCUGUGCGACACUCCUCCCUUGGAAUGUAUUGAUUACCGCCACCUCAUUCUUCUUGUCUCGCUUGGUCGGAUCGCCGUUGCGCACAACGUUUACCUCCUACAUGACCACUACUUCCACUGUGUCCAAUAUAUUUGCAGUUGCACAUGCCACGGCAACCUCGAAACGGUCGUCACCUUCUCAACGAGUUUUCUGGUCUAUCGCAUCAACCACACUCGUCAUCGUUAUCCUGUUUCUCAGCACCUUCGUACACUGUCAACCAUCAACCUUCUUUUUCUUUGCAAUUUUAUGUUCCAUCCUUUUGUCGACAUUCGUUUCCUAUCUUUCCACAGCCGCCUUCGCUGGAGCCUCGCUCUUCGGGGCUCCCUGCAUACAAUCUGUGAUAUCCGCGCAUGCUGCCGUAGGCGUGGUUGUGAGUGUGGUCCAGGUGAUUACAUCCGCCUUGUCCGUGUGGGGUUCGACACCGGAAGCGAUUGCCGCGUUCAUAUCGAAUGAUAGCGCCGGAGACGGGAAGGUAGAGGAAGGUUCUGCACGUGCAUUCUUCGGAAUAUCCGCAUUGUUUAUGAUCAGCACGUCCAUGACCUACGCCUGGAUGGCGCGGUUGCCAGUCUACAUUGACACUGUCGGGAUCUUGGAACAAAACGCCGAGCUUGAUGGAGCCCUGGGUAGUGCCGAUGAAGCAGGGGGGCUCGUCUUUUGCAGUACAGACAAAUCAAACGUUGAAGAAAGAAAUCAAAUGCUACGCGUGUUCAAGGCCAAUAUCAUCUAUGAAUUUGCUGGUGCCUAUGUCUUCGUAAUCACUUUGGCCAUCUUCCCCGUCAUUACAAUUACCAUUCAGCCAACUAACCCCAAUACCCAUCCAUUGCUAUUCACUGCCAUUCAUUUCUUGGCAUACAACUUCGGCGACUUUCUUGGACGAUACAUCUGUUCUUUCCCCAGAUUAAUCAUCUGGUCUGCUACACGCAUUCUGGCGUUCUCGAUCGUCCGCACCUUGUUCAUCCCCAUUUUCCUUCUGUGCAAUACAGUUCAGGGUCCUUCGCGUGGUUCGCCCAUGAUCAACUCAGACAUUGUCUAUAUGCUCCUGCUCGGCGUUCUGGGCCUGUCAAACGGAUACAUCUUUACCCUCUGCAUGCUAGGCGCCUCCUCUCUAGAGCACAAUCCACGAUUACGAAAACGUCACGAAGACGUCCCCAUCGCAAGUACUGUGACUAGUUUCUGUCUUAUCGUGGGUGUUGCAAUCGGGAGUUUUGGAAGUUUCGGGAUGAGAGCUAUUAUUUGCCAAUGCAACCCUUUCGUGAAUUGAGCACGCAAUACACCCCAACACACACUAUACACAGAACGGAACUCGAUCGUAUAAUAUAUCAGACAAUAUAUGUCAUGACCGUCGCAGCUUCCUGUCUUAUUGUGGGAUUAGCAGUUGGUGGAUUUGCGAGGUUUCAAGUUGGGGCUGUUAUCUGCAAGUGCAAUCCAAAUCCACACGCGUCUAGGCUUCAAGCGCUCCAUCGACUACUUAUGUACUUACUCAUAUAAUUAUAAUUUUGGGAUAU